AUGAUUUCAUCAACGUUCUCCAUUGAUUAUAUAGCCGGCAAAGAUAAAAGCUGCGGAUCUGUCAGACAUCAACGUAGCGAAAGUGAGGACAGUCUACGCCGUUCCCCAGUCCUGACUUCAAGAAGUAGUCCAAGCGGAUCAGAGUCGGAUAAUCCUGAAUCUAUUGUGAAUGUGCUUCUAACUUUGGACAAAUCUAUGAAGGCGAACAUGGAAGAUACCGCCACCUACGAAAAACCGCCACAAUCCUACAUCGCUCUGAUCUCCAUGGCGAUACUGAGCAGCCCAUCAAAAAGAAUGUUGCUUUGUGAUAUCUACCAGUAUAUCAUGGAUAACUUUAGAUUUUACAACAACGCAAACAAGGCAUGGAGGAACAGCAUCCGACAUAAUCUUUCAUUGAAUGAAUGUUUUGUAAAGAACGGUCGCUCGGAAAACGGCAAAGGAAAUUACUGGUCCAUCCAUCCGGCAUGCAUCGAAGACUUCUCUCAUGGCGACUUCCGACGUCGACAAGCCAGGAGGCGAGCAAAGAAAAGUAUGAAAGAAGUGGACGUCGUCAUGACCAAUAUAAAAGGGCGGAUGAAACGUAUGAUAUAUGUCCCCAUGACAGCAUCACCAGUUGGCUAUCACAAUGAACCGCCGUAUUCCUUCACUCGGCAUGAACUCGCUGACGGCUGUGGUACUGGCGCUCCGCCACUGACGUCAGCUCCGUCGUCGUUUUAUCAAUCAACAUCCCCGGAGAUGCACCGCCACAUUCCCCAUCCGUCAUUGUUACAGAAUUUGACUUCAUGGUAA